UAUAUAAAUAAAACACUCUUAACCACUAGGUUACCUGAGAUUAUGAAAUAAGAUUACUGAUAUCUCAUGUGGUUCAUUAAUAAACACUAGCCUUGACGUAGUCACAAAAUUUAAAAAAAAAAUAGAUAUAUCUGGAGAAUAUUUGGAAUGACAAGGUAUUUUGUCAAUGUACAAUUUGGAAAGCAACAAUGAAUCUCUUCUGUAGCUCCGAUAGUAAUUGGACCCCACCCAUUAUUCCCACUAAGAUAUACUGACUAGGGAGAUGAGGCUCACCACCAUAUAAAAAGCGGCAAUCCCCUCCUCUGCCACAUACAUAUCUGCUUCACCAACUACUGUUUCAGUGGCAGAGAAAUAUAAUCCUGUCGAUGCUAUUCCAUGCACAACGUGGGACAAUUUGAAGUGUUUGAAGCUCGAAGGAAGAGGAUAACGAAUUACCACUUUUUUCCUGAAUAUGUAAAUGGAGAAAAUUACAUUUUUGGAUGCUGGAAAACAAAGGAGUAAAACCACAUUUUGAGAUUAUUUGUAUGUGAGAUUGUUGAUAUGACAUUUUCCCCAGUGGGCAAAAAUUAAAGGCUACGUUAUUGUGGGAUGCUUAAUUAACGAAUGUGCCAUAAUAGUGGAUUGGUUGACUUGUCUUGUAAGGACCCCAGCUUCAACCUUAUGGGGUGUGAUAACUUGACCAACAGCAACAAGACUUUGCCUGGCAGGCUCCCUUACACUGUGCAGACUUCUGUGCCUCUGACAAUACUGGUGGGUAUCCUUAUUCUCCUCACAGUGUUUGGUAAUGUCCUAGUGGUCAUCGCUGUGUUCACCAGCCGAGCCCUAAGAGCCCCUCAGAACUUGUUUUUAGUGUCCUUAGCAUGUGCAGACAUUCUAGUGGCCACUCUGGUGAUGCCCUUUUCUCUGGCUAAUGAACUGAUGGGAUAUUGGUACUUUGGUCAAGUGUGGUGUGAGAUCUACCUGGCCCUGGAUGUUCUGUUCUGCACCUCGUCCAUCACGCAUCUGUGUGCCAUAAGUCUGGACAGAUACUGGUCAGUCACUCAAGCCAUUGAGUACAACUCGAAAAGGACACCACGCAGGAUCAAAUGUAUAGUUUUAUUUGUGUGGGUGCUGGCUGCCAUUAUAUCAUUCCCACCUCUCAUUUCAAUGGAAAAGGAAGGGGCCAAAGAGGAGGGUCCCACAUGUAAGAUCAAUGAGGAGAAGUGGUACAUCAUAUUCUCCAGCACCGCCUCAUUCUUUGCCCCCUGUGUGAUCAUGAUUCUGGUCUACGUUCGAAUUUACCAGGUUGCAAAGAAUAGAACCAGGGCCCCUCCGGGUGAAAGGAGAAGGGGAAACAAUAAUCCAGAUAAAAGUCAGUAUGGCUUAGUUCAGCAGGACCCCCUGGAGAGAAGGAACAGAGAAGGAGUGGAGGAGGGUGAGGAGGUCAAUGGAAUCGACGUGGGGGAAGAGUGCUCCUCGUCUGAUGGGAAUGAGAACCAGUGCUCCAUCAAAAUGAAGCUGAGAAAGGGAAAGACCAAAGUGAGUCAGGUGAAACUAGAAGACCCGUCCCCUAAAGAUUACGAUGCACAGCAGUGUGUGAAAGUGAGCCGGUGGAAAGGAAGGCAGAACAGAGAGAAGCGCUUCACCUUUGUUCUGGCUGUGGUCAUGGGAGUGUUUGUUGUCUGCUGGUUCCCCUUCUUCUUCACGUACACACUCACCGCCAUAUGUGAGUCCUGCUGUGUCCCUGAGACAUUGUUCAAUUUCUUCUUCUGGUUCGGAUACUGCAAUAGCUCGCUGAAUCCAGUCAUUUACACUAUUUUCAACAAUGACUUCAGGAGGUCUUUCAAAAAGAUCCUUUGCAAGAAGGAUAGACGAGGGCUAUGAAUAUACUUUUUUUGGACUAGCUACUGAUUCUUGUCUGAAUACAGAUUUAAUUGUUUACAAGUUGGGAGUCAUGUACAGUUUCUCAUGGAAAGAAAAUAUACCUAUUGGGAAAUACUUGUAUCAUUAAUUUUGUACAUGUGUGUCAAUGUACGAUCGUUUUGAGAUCAUUACAAUCUUUAAUCCCACCACAUACAUUUAAAUGUAUUUGGCAUUCCAUGUUUUACUUCAUGCUUAUGUAGUGAGGCAGCUGGCUUGUAUCUCCAUGGAGGAUGCUUAAUGUUAUUAUGUAGGCUACAAUUCAGUCAUGCAUAAUCGAUUAGCUGUGCAGAUUUACAGGGAGCAUAUGUGCGUAUAAUGAAUAAACAUAU